GAUCGGUGGAGCAGGCCAGUGGAGGUUACCACAUGGUGGUGGAGACGGAGCUAAAGCCGCCAAAGGGACCUGAAGUGUCUGGAUGUGGAAGAAAUCCAACCACCGAGCCGAACUCAGAGCACGGCGAGGAUGCUGCCGAGAGGAGUGUCGCUCGCGCCUGGGACGGUGGAGCCCAGCCAGAAGACAGCAUCAUCUUGACCUUCUGCAGAACCCACUUCAGGUCCAGGAGGCCCACUGCCCGGGGGGCCCGAGCGCUUGGCCGCCCACACAGGCCCUUCAUGGACUCCAGAUGGCAGUGGACCUGGUGCAGGACGCCAUGUUGGAGUCCAGUCCUCUCGGUGUUGCGAGUCUGACCUGACGCCACGGCGGCGCUCUGGCCACACAACGUGUGUGUCGGCUCUGAGCCUCGGGUGGGCUCCACACCCGGCGCGAUGACAGCUGGAGGCUUUAACCGGCCGCAGGUGCAGCCGAGAAGGUCCGGUCAGGUCUUUGAUGUCAGAGCCAGCUGGGACCAGGUCCACGUCUCACCCACCGCCAGCGCAGACACUUUGAAUUAGCGCUCUCGCCGGGCUCUCCAUCAUUCCUGCGCUCUCGUUCUCAGGAGCAAUAAUUCCCAGACCGUGUCGAGAGCGAUGACAGAUGAAGGAACUGAACCCUCGGCCUGCAGCCUGAGAGUGUUUCAAGCAACACACACACACACACACACACACGCACACAACAACCCUGCCUGUCCUCUGUCCUUUGUUGUGUUCAUUUGACUUCAGACGCUGACCUGCCGGCCUGGGCCAGAGUGGUCCUCUGUGAGGACUGACGGAGGCUUCUCAGCCCAUGGCAUCCAGAGAGUGAGACAUCAGAACCGAGUGGGGUUUUUGCUCUGUGAGAUCGUGAACUUUCAUUGUUCAUGCUUGAGUAUGCAAUGUGGUGGAGCUUUGUGCCUUCUGGAUACUGUUGCUUUGUUGCCUGGUGUGUGUCUGGGAUGUCUUCACUGUGGCAGUCCCAGGGACGCGUGGCAUUCCCCCGCUGCUGGCUAUCUAAUCUAAUCUGACUCGGAUCAGAGCAGAGCAUCGGCAGCACUGGAGGUGUUGUCUCGGGUCACAGGGUCAACAGCUGGAUCAUGUGGAUACAAAGUUAAAUGCCUUAAGUCUCACGACUCGGGGCCUGAUCCAUACGACGCCAAGGAGCUUCUUUCUUCACCGUUCAAAUCCAUGUGAACUGAAAGUACCAGGCGGGGCGGGGCCGUUCAUGUUUCCACCACACGGGGGCAGCAGCGUCCUGUCGCCCAGCAAAUGAGAAGGAAGUCGAGCGCUGUCGACAGAAGAAGAGAAGCUGCGACUGUUUUCAGAGCUGGCCGCGCGGUUCUGAGUUACGGAUCCGAGUCACACGCACGGUUCGUUGAUUUCCUCCAUUGUCUGUUGGCAGUUCUCGCCGGGUGUCAGUCGACACUUGAGACGCCACGUCUGUACUGCAGAGUCGCUGUGUCCGGACUCGGACGGGUCUGUGGCAGGAGACCCAAACCGUCCUGUCCUCAGUGAGGUUUGGAUUGAACCGGUGGUGUCUGCCCACCUCACCCGACUCGAGUAACGCCAGGUGUCGCCCUCGUCUGGCGAGGCUGAUUUUCUCUCUGGGGUUUUGGUGUCACGUGGUUGUAGUGAUGGAGGUCAUUCACCCCGAGGUCCGAGGCAGGUCCUGGGUGUCGGUGAGCCCCCUCGGCCUCUGCGGGGUUCAGCUGACGCAGAGACGCUGCGGAGCCGCAGCUCCGUCUUCCUCUCGCUGUCCCCAGCUCGGUUCCUUGUGUCGCGUCCGUGUGCAGCUCUGUGGCCAGGAAGAAGACCAGCUCUGCUCCAAGACAGGGGCGGCCGACCAUGGGCCUCUCACCGGUGCAGAGUGCCCCCGGCGUCUGGACUCCAUGCUGCAGGUCCCUGUAGGAGUCUGGACGUGCCUGAGGCUGGGGGAAGGUCACUGUGACGUCACCGAGUCUUGUCUGGAGGCUAUGCGAGCCGGAGACAUUUGUCAGGUUCUUUUGUCUCCUCUGCAAAAAUCGCUUGUCACAGACCCGGAGCAUCUCAAGGAAAACAAGACUCUCAGAGUCGCAGUGGAACUGGAGACCUUCACCCCGGGCAAAGAGACCUGGGAGCUGUCAACGGGCGAGAAGCUCGAGUGGCUCAAGUCUCACAAACAGCGUGGCAGUGAGCGGUUCCGGAGUGGGGACGUCUGGGGUGCCGCCGACAGCUACAGCCGGGCCCUUCGGCUCCUCAUCACACUGCAGGACCGGGUCCAGGACCAGGUCCAGGACCAGGUCCAGGAGGUGACAGCAGAGCAGGCCUUGUCUGGCAAAGAGUUCUGCACCAUCAAGUCGGGGCUGCACUCCAACCUGUCUCUGUGCCAGCUGAAGCUGGGCCAGCCUGAGCGGGCCCGCCUCAGUGCUGUCAAAGCCACUGUGCUGGAACCGGGCGCCACCAAGGCCUGGUACCGACUGGGGUGUGCGUGCCAGCUGCUGGAGCAGCUGCAGGAGGCUCGCCACGCCUUUAAGGAGGUUCUCCGACUCCAGCCGGACUCUGCUGCGGCCAUCAAGGCCCUGAAGGAUGUCGCUGGCCAAGAGAAGCGGCUGGACCGGGAGCUUGGACUGAGACUCAGCAAGAUGUUUGCUUAGACCUGCUCUGGAUGGGUUGGUUGCUUGGUUGGAUCCAUGUGUUCUUUGGGCAGCUGCGUAGUCCUGGAGACGGGUGAAGUGGCUGGGGAAGGAGAGGUCCUGUGGUCGUGAAGACUGAAGCUGAGGUUCUUGGGGAUAACUUUGACCACUUUGGGCUCAACCAGGGCCAUGAUCAGAAGCACACAUGUUGCCAACAGUAGAAGCAGUGUGGGAGCUCUGAGCCUCAACUUUGUCCUCAUCAUGACCACUGCGAACAAGCUAGUGGCAUUUGAAAGUAAAUGUGCAUGUGUACGUGAGUCAAGUGUCCUGAGGAAAAGGGAAACGAGGAAGGAGGCAGAGGGGGAAACAAGCCGAAACCUGGGAUCAAACCAGGGGCUUUCAGAUCUCUUUUAUAUAUAUAUAUAUAUAAACAUGUAAUAAAAAGAAUUAGAUGCACUGUUCUUUUUCCCCUCUCAGCACACACAUAUCAACCAAAAGUGUUUUACAAAGUAUAAUUCAAACAAGUUUCUUCUCUUUUGUUUCGUUUUUCAGUUUCUCGAGGCUCUCUUUCGGAUCAUUUAUUUAGUUUUAUUAUUACAACUUAAACUUACUUUUGUGCAUAAUUAAAUGAUACUUUUGGAGAAGCUACAUCAGUCAUUAAAAUGGUGAAUUAUUCCUUCUUUAAUUGUUAUCAGUUGGGUUCCUCGUAAAAAAUUAUCUUCAGAGUCAUCCUCAUCCAAAAAAAUGAAACCAAGUUUCGAGAUGGUUUUUCAAUGAACUUGAAAAAAAGCCCCAUAUGUUCUUCUCCUCAUGUUGUGUGAUCGCAUAUCUUCCGAUGUCCAACAUUCGAUUCUAAAGAUGUAUCCCCUCUUCUUUUUGCAUUUCA